AUGCUGUCCAAAACAGGACAAAACAACGACCGGCUCAUUAAGAGGGCAGCCCAGGGUGGAGGUCACAGGACGUUACUGUAUGGACAUGCUGUCCUCCUACGACACUCCUUCAGUGGAAUGUACCUGACAUGUUUGAAGACGUCGAGAUCUCUGACGGACAAGCUGUCUUUUGAUGUUGGACUGCAGGAGGACUCCACAGGUGAAGCUUGUUGGUGGACCAUCCACCCUGCUUCUAAACAAAGGUCAGAGGGCGAGAAGGUUCGCAUCGGCGAUGACCUCAUCCUCGUCAGCGUGUCGUCAGAGCGUUACCUCCACCUUUCCAUCUCCAAUGGCAACGUCCAGGUGGAUGCCUCCUUCAUGCAGACGUUGUGGAAUGUCCAUCCUACCUGUUCUGGGAGCAGUGUGGAGGAAGGAUAUCUUCUUGGUGGUCAUGUGAUGCGUUUGUUUCACGGUCACGAUGAAGUUCUGACCAUCCCAGGAUCAGACCAGAGCGAAGAGCAGCAAAGGAUAGUGAAUUAUGAGACGGGAAAAGCAGGCGCUAAGGCCAGGUCUCUCUGGAGGCUGGAGCCGCUGAGGAUCAGCUGGAGUGGCAGUCACAUUCGAUGGGGACAGCCUUUCCGACUACGCCACCUUACCACGGGACACUACCUGGCGCUGACGGAGGACAGGGGCGUGGUUUUACAGGACCGGGAGAAGUCAGACACCGCCUCAACUGCCUUCUGCUUCCGAGCGUCUAAGGAGAAAGUAGAGUCCAGCCCCAAACGUGAUAUCGAGGGCAUGGGAGUAGCUGAGAUUAAGUACGGAGACUCGCUCUGUUUUGUCAUGCACGUGGCCACAGGACUGUGGCUUUCUUACCAGGCUCCCGACGUCAAAUCAGCUCGCCUGGGGCCUCUCAAGAGACGAGCAUGCCUUCACUCAGAGGGACACAUGGACGAUGGGCUGACCCUGCAACGCUGUCAGCAUGAGGAGUCUCGUGCCGCACGCAUCAUACGCAACACCACAAGACUCUUCAGCCGUUUCAUCAGAGACCUGGACAACCUGAGUGGGAAGAACCGUGUGGCGUUCCCUCUGCCCAUUGAAGAGGUUCUACAGACCCUCAAUGACCUCAUCACCUACUUUCAGUUGCCCGAUGCUGAGCUGGAACACGAGGAGAAACAGAUCAAGUUGCGUUCUCUGAAGAACCGCCAGAACCUCUUCAAACAGGAGGGCAUGCUGACUCUGGUGUCUAACUGCAUUGAUCGGCUGAGCGUGUAUAACAGUGCUGCCCAUUUUGGAGAGUGUGGGGGGGAGGCAGCAGGAGCGGCCUGGAAAGACAUCCUCAACCUGCUCUAUCAGCUACUGGCUGCUCUGAUUUGUGGGAACCGGAAUAAUUGCACACAGUUCUCCCAAAACCUGGAUUGGCUGGUCAGUAAGCUGGAGAGGCUAGAGUCCUCUUCAGGGAUACUGGAAGUCCUCCACUGCAUCCUAAUCGAAAGCCCCGAGGCACUAAACAUCAUUCAGAGAACACACAUUAAAUCCAUCAUUUCGCUGCUGUACAAACACGGACGCAACCACAAGAUACUGGACGUGCUUUGCUCUCUGUGCGUUUGCAAUGGAGUGGCUGUACGAGCCAAUCAGAAUCUCAUUUGCGAUCACCUGCUCCCAAAGAGGGAUCUGCUGCUCCAAACGCGAUUGGUCAAUGAUGUCCAGAGCAUGAGGCCUAACAUCUUUGUGGGGGUGAGCGAGGGCUCGGCUCAGUACAAGAAAUGGUACUUUGAGCUGAUGAUCGACCAGGUGGAGCAUUUCUUGACUAAUGAGCCUUCUCACCUGCGCGUGGGCUGGGCCUCCACGAAAGGCUACGCCCCUUACCCCGGAGGCGGAGAGGGCUGGGGAGGCAACGGAGUCGGGGACGACCUCUACUCCUACGGCUUUGAUGGCCUUCACCUGUGGUCAGGGCGAAUCCCGAGGAGGGUGGCCUCAGUAAACCAGCACAUCCUGACCUCUGAUGACGUGGUGAGCUGCUGCAUGGAUCUAGGUGCUCCCAGCAUCUCCUUCAGGAUCAACGGCCAACCCGUCCAGGGCAUGUUCGAGAACUUCAACAUCGAUGGGCUCUUCUUUCCAGUCGUCUCCUUCUCUGCCGGCGUCAAGGUCCGUUUCCUCUUGGGUGGUCGCCACGGCGAUUUUAAGUUCCUGCCGCCGUCUGGCUAUGCACCGUGCUACGAGGCUCUGCUGCCUAAGGAGAAGAUGCGAGUGGAGCCGGUGAAAGAGUACAAGAGAGACGCUGAUGGAGUCAGAGACUUACUGGGAACGACCCAGUUCAUGUCUCAGGCCUCUUUCAUCCCCACACCCGUAGACACGUCUCAGAUCGUGAUGCCUCCGCAUCUGGAGAAGGUGCGAGACAGACUGGCUCAGAACAUCCAUGAACUGUGGGGCAUGAAUAAGAUCGAACUGGGCUGGUCGUACGGCAAGAUAAGGGAUGAUAAUAAGAGACAACAUCCCUGCCUAGUGGAUUUCUCCAAGCUACCUGAGACUGAAAAAAACUAUAACCUUCAGAUGUCCACGGAAACUUUGAAGACGUUACUGGCUUUGGGUUGCCAUGUGGUUCAAGUUAAGGUCAAUGCAGAGGAAGACCUGAGGAAAAUCAAACUGCCGAAGAACUACAUGAUGUCGAAUGGUUACAAACCCGCGCCGUUGGAUCUUUCCGAGGUCAAACUGACCCCCAGUCAAGAACUUCUGGUUGACAAGCUGGCUGAGAAUGCCCACAACGUGUGGGCAAAGGAUCGGAUCAAACAGGGCUGGACUUAUGGCAUUCAGCAGGAUCUGAAGAGCAAACGCAAUCCUCGUCUGGUUCCAUAUGCCUUAUUAGAUGAACGCACAAAGAAGUCAAACAGGGACAGCCUUCGGGAAGCUAUCCGCACGCUCAUUGGAUACGGAUACAACAUCGAGCCCCCCGAUCAGGAGGGUGGUCAUGUGGUAGAGAGGCUAAGCAUAGAUAAAAUCCGUUUUUUCCGCGUGGAGAGAACGUACGCCGUGAAGACGGGGAAGUGGUAUUUCGAGUUUGAGGCGGUGACGGGGGGAGACAUGCGUGUGGGGUGGGCACGACCAGGCUGCAGACCCGACGUGGAGCUGGGUUCGGACGACCAGGCCUACGUGUUUGACGGCUACAGGGGUCACCGCCUACACAUGGGCAGCCGUUUCUUUGGCCGAUGUUGGCAUGCCGGAGACGUGGUGGGAUGCAUGAUCAACAUGGAAGACAAAUCCAUGAUCUUCACUCUCAACGGAGAGAUUCUCAUCACCAACAAAGGCUCCGAGCUCUGCUUCGCCGACUUUGAGAUGGAAGACGGUUUCAUUCCUGUGUGUAGUCUGGGUCUGUCACAGGUGGGCAGAAUGAACCUGGGAAAAGAUGCCAGCACCUUCAAAUACUAUACCAUGUGUGGUCUCCAGGAGGGUUUUGAACCAUUUGCGGUCAAUAUGAACCGAGAGGUCACCAUGUGGUUCAGCAAACGCCUCCCCACUUUCGUCAACGUGCCCAAAGACCACAACCACAUAGCGGUCACCAGGAUUGAUGGGACUAUCGACAGCCCACCCUGUUUGAAAGUCACCCAUAAAACCUUCGGCACUCAGAACAGCAACGCCGACAUGGUCUUCUGCCGACUGAGCAUGCCCGUGGAAUUCCACUCCGCUUUCAAAACCUGUCCCGUCAUAGAUAUGAACGGGAUUCAUGAGGAAGAGUCUUUUAAGCUCAAACACAGACAUCCAGUGAAGUCUCUGAAACACGCUGAAGACGGGAGAAGAACGGAAUACAGCGGCAUAACGAUGUACUACCACUCUGUGAGGGUGUUUGCUGGUCAGGAUCCCUCCUGCGUGUGGGUGGGCUGGGUCACCCCUGACUACCAUUACUAUAGCAACAACUUUAACCUCAGCAAAAACCGGACGGUAACGGUUACCCUGGGAGACGAGCGUGGGCGGGUCCACGAGAGUGUGAGGAGGAGUAACUGCUAUAUGGUAUGGGGUGGAGACAUCACGAACUCCGCCCACUCCUCCAGCCGCAGUAACGUGGAUUUGGAGAUUGGCUGCCUUAUAGAUCUGGCAAGUGGGCUUGUGGCCUUCACCGUCAACGGAAAGGAGCUGGCCACUUCUUACCAGGUGGAACCCAGCACAAAACUAUUCCCCGCUGUUUUCGUGCGUCCCACUAGUUCCAAUCUGUUCCAGUUUGAACUGGGCAAGAUAAAGAACGCGAUGCCACUCUCGUCUGCCAUCUUUAAAAGCGAGCAUAAGAACCCGGUGCCCCAGUGCCCUCCCCGUCUGGACGCCCAGACCAUUAACGCGGUGCUGUGGAGCCGCAUGCCCAACAUCUUUCUGAAGGUGGAGACAGGCCGGGUCAGCGAGAGACACGGCUGGAUGGUCCAGUGCGUGGAGCCGCUACAGAUGCUGGCGGUGCACAUCCCGGAGGAGAACAGGUGUGUUGAUAUUAUGGAGCUGUCAGAACAGGAGGAUUUGAGAAAGUUCCACUACCACACCCUGAAGCUCUACUGCGCCCUCUGUGCAUUGGGCAACACCCGCGUAGCCCACGCCCUCUGCAGCCACUUGGACCAAUCACAGCUCCUCUACACCAUCGACAACCAAUACCUGUCCGGUAUGCUCCGGGAGGGUUUCUACAACGUCCUGAUCAGCGUCCACCUGGAGACGGCCAAGGAGGCUCGACUUAUGAUGAACAACGAGUUCAUCAUCCCCGUCACCGCGGAGACGCGCAGCAUCCGCCUCUUCUCCGACGCCUCCAAGAAGCACCAGCCUCCGGGCGUGGGCCUGAGCACGUCCCUCAAGCCGCGCCUUAACUUCGUCCCUCCCUGUGUCAUCUCCACCAAACGCGACCAGCGCCUGUACAGCCCGGAGAUCCCUCUGGACGUCCUGAAGGAGAAAGCCAUCAGCAUGCUGACGGAGGCGGUGCAGGGGGGAGGGCACCACAUCCGCGACCCCGUCGGCGGGAGUGUGGAGUACCAGUUCGUGCCCAUCCUGAGGCUGAUCGGCACGUUGCUCACCAUGGGCGUGCUCGUCAGCGACGACGUGCACAAGGUCCUGCUCCUCAUCGCUCCCAACGUCUUCGGCGAGCAGAAGGAAGAGGGAGGGGCGGACGCGACGGAGAAAGAAGGAGUGACCAGCGCCGAGGAGAAGGCGGUCGAAGCCGGAGAAGAAGAGGCCAAGGAUUCGAAACAGCCCAUGAAGGGUUUACUGGAGAAAAGACUGCCUGAAUCCGUCAAGCGUCAGAUGUGUGAGCUGCUUCACUAUUUUUGUGACUGUGAGUUGAAGCAUCGCAUCGAGGCCAUCGUGGCGUUCUCUGACAGCUUCGUUUCCAAGCUGCAAUACAAUCAGAAGUUCCGCUACAAUGAGCUAAUGCAAGCCCUCAACAUGUCUGCAGCCGUCACAGCCAAGAAAACCAAGGAGUUUCGGUCGCCCCCACAAGAACAGAUUAACAUGCUGCUGAACUUCAGCAUGGGUGAGGACUGCCCGUGCCCCGAGGACAUUCAAGAAGAGCUCUAUGAUUUCCAUAACGAGCUACGCCUUCACUGUGGAAUCCCCAUGGAAGAGGAGGAAGAGGAGCAGGAUACGUCCUUAAAAGGUCGCCUCCUGGCCUUGGUUUACAAGAUUAAAGGUCAACCGCAGCGAGGUGAAGAGGAGCCUGCGGAGACAGAGCAGGCAGCUCCCUCCAACCUGAAGGAGCUGAUCUCUCAGACAAUGGUGAGCUGGGCCCAGGAGUGCCACAUUCAGGACCCUGAGCUGGUGCGUGUCAUGUUCAGCCUGCUGAGGAGACAGUACGACAGCAUCGGAGAACUGCUCAGAGCCAUGAGGAAGACUUACACCAUCAGCGCUGCCUCCAUACAGGACACCAUCAACCUACUGGCCUCACUGGGCCAGAUCCGCUCUCUGCUCAGCGUACGAAUGGGCAAGGAGGAGGAGCAGCUCAUGAUCGACGGACUCGGUGACAUCAUGAACAACAAAGUGUUCUACCAGCACCCGAAUCUGAUGCGUGUUCUGGGCAUGCAUGAGACGGUCAUGGAAGUCAUGGUCAAUGUGCUCGGUGGAGGAAAGUCCCAGGAAAUUGCUUUUCCCAAAAUGGUGGCCAGCUGCUGUCGGUUCCUGUGCUACUUCUGUCGCAUCAGCCGACAGAACCAGAAGGCGAUGUUUGACCACCUGAGCUACCUGCUGGAGAACAGCAGCGUCGGGCUGGCCUCUCCAUCUAUGCGGGGCUCCACUCCUCUGGAUGUUGCUGCCUCCUCUGUGAUGGACAAUAACGGCCUGGCCCUGGCUCUAGAGGAACCUGACCUAGACAAGGUUGUGACAUACCUUGCAGGCUGUGGACUACAGAGCUGUCCUAUGCUCUUAGCCAAAGGCUACCCUGACAUUGGCUGGAACCCUAUAGAGGGAGAGCGUUACCUGUCCUUCCUACGUUUCGCUGUCUUUGUCAACGGGGAGAGUGUUGAGGAGAACUCGAGCGUUGUUGUGAAGCUGCUGAUUCGUCGGCCGGAGUGUUUUGGCCCCGCCCUCCGCGGAGAGGGAGGGAAUGGGCUCCUGGCUGCCGUGAAGGAGGCCAUCAAAAUCUCGGAGAACCCAGCGCUCGACCUCCCCAGUGCUGCACAGGGCAUUAGCUCAGACGCAUCUACAGAGGAUGAGGAGGAGGAAGAGGUGGUUCACAUGGGCAACGCCAUCAUGUCCUUCUACUCCGCCCUCAUCGACCUGCUGGGACGCUGUGCGCCCGAGAUGCACCUGAUUAACAAGGGCAAAGGUGAGGCGUUAAGAAUCCGCGCCAUCCUCCGAUCACUGGUGCCCACUGAAGACCUGGUUGGCAUCAUCAGUAUUCCGCUCAAAAUGCCUGCUGUAAACAAAGAUGGUACCGUGACAGAACCUGACAUGUCAGCUAGUUUCUGUCCGGACCACAAGGCUCCCAUGGUGCUUUUUCUGGACCGUGUGUACGGCGUCGAGGACCAAAGCUUCCUCCUGCAUCUGCUGGAAGUCGGCUUCUUGCCCGACCUGCGCGCCUCCGCCGCCCUGGACACGGACGCGUUGAGGACCACUGAAACGGCUCUGGCGAUGAACAGGUAUAUCGGCUCGGCCAUGUUGCCCUUGCUAACCCGCUGCGCCUCUCAUUUCGCCGGCACGGAACACCACGCCACCCUGAUCGACUCCACCCUCCACACCAUCUACCGCCUGUCCAAGGGCAGAGCCCUCACCAAAGCCCAGAGAGACGCCAUCGAGGAGUGCCUGUUAGCGAUCUGCAAGCAUUUGCGUCCCUCCAUGCUGCAGCAGCUCCUCCGACGUCUCGUCUUUGACGUGCCCUUGCUGUCUGAGUACUGCAAAAUGCCCCUGAAGUUAUUGACCAAUCACUAUGAGCAGAGUUGGAAAUACUACUGCCUCCCCUCAGGCUGGGGUAGUCAUGGGAUGGCCUCAGAGGAGGAGCUGCUCCUCACCAAAAAGAUCUUCUGGGGCAUCUUUGAUUCCCUCUCCCAAAAGAAAUACGAGCAGGAGCUGUUUAAGAUGGCCAUGCCGUGCCUUAGCGCCAUAGCCGGAGCUCUUCCUCCCGACUACGUCGACGCCUCCUUCAGCACCCCCCUGGAGAAACCCGUCUCUGUGGACGCCCAGGGAAACUUUGACCCCAAACCCAUCUGCACUGCCAACAUCGCCCUGCCAGAGAAGCUGGAACACAUCGCCAACAAAUACGCAGAGCACAGCCAUGACAAAUGGUCUGCAGAGAAGGUCAUUCUAGGUUGGAAAUACGGAGACUGUAUUGAUGAGAAAUCAAAGACUCACCCUAUGCUGAGGUCAUACAAGUCCCUUACCGAAAAGGAAAAGGAGAUUUACCGUUGGCCUGUGAGGGAGUCGCUGAAAACCAUGUUGGCUAUGGCCUGGAACAUCGACAGGACGAAAGAGGGCGAAGUCACGUUUCAACAGCGUGAUACGGAGAAACUGCGUAAAAUCUCCCAGGUUUCUCAGGGGAAUGGAUACAGCCCAAGCCCACUGGAUAUGAGUAACGUGCUUCUCUCCAGAGAACUGCAGGCUAUGGUGGAGGUGAUGGCUGAAAACUAUCACAACAUUUGGGCUAAGAAAAAGAAGAAUGAACUUGGAUCCAGAGGUGGUGGGACUCACCCUCUGCUGGUUCCCUAUGAUACCCUGACUGCUAAAGAGAAGGCCAGAGACAGAGAGAAAGCCCAGGACCUCUUCCGCUUCCUCCAGAUUAACGGCUAUACCAUUACCAGGGGAAUGAGGGAUGUGGAGCAGGAUGCCUCGUCCAUGGAGAAGAGAUUCGCCUAUAAAUUCCUGAAGAAGCUCCUGAAAUAUGUGGACUCAGCACAGGAAUUCAUUGCCCAUCUGGAGGCCAUGGCAACGAGUGGAAAGAUGGACAAAUCACCGCAUGAACAAGAAAUCAAAUUUUUCGCUAAGGUGCUCCUCCCACUCAUAGACCAGUACUUUAAAAACCACUCCCUCUACUUCCUGUCAUCUCCCACCAAGAACCUGAGCAGCAGUGGCUACGCUUCCAACAAAGAGAAAGAGAUGGUCACCAGCCUGUUCUGUAAACUGGCUGCUCUAGUCAGACACAGGAUCUCUCUGUUUGGGAGCGACUCUGCCACCAUGGUCAGCUGUCUCCACAUUCUGGCACACACACUCGACACCAGGACUGUGAUGAAAUCGGGUUCUGAGCUGGUAAGGGCGGGCUUGCGGACCUUCUUCGAGAACGCGGCCGAGGACCUGGAGAAGACUCUGGAAAACCUGAAGCUGGGAAAGUUCACCCACUCUCGCAGUCAGAUGAAGGGCGUGUCCCAGAACAUUAAUUACACCACAGUGGCCCUGCUACCCAUACUCACUGCGCUGUUUGAACACAUCACUGAACAUCAGUUUGGAGUGGAUCUACUCUUGGAUGAUGUCCAGGUGUCCUGUUAUCGCAUCCUGACCAGCCUCUAUUCAUUAGGAACAGGAAAAAACAUCUACGUCGAAAGGCAGCUGCCUGCUCUGGGUGAAUGUUUGGCCACCCUGGCUGGAGCGAUGCCUGUCGCGUUCCUGGAGCCACACCUGAACUCACACAACCCAUGUUCUGUGUUUAACACCAAGACAGCCCGGGAGAGAGUCAUCCUGGGCAUGCCUGACACGGUGGACGAGAUGUGUCCUGAGAUUCCGCAUCUGGACGGUCUCAUGAAGGACAUUAACGACAUGUCCGAGUCGGGCGCACGCUACACGGAGAUGCCCCAUGUUAUCGAGGUCGUUUUACCCAUGCUCUGUAAUUACCUGUCCUAUUGGUGGGAGAGAGGUCCUGAGAACCAAUCAGGAAGCAGCGCUCCGGUCUGCUGCACCACUGUCACCUCGGAGCACCUCAGCGUCAUCCUUGGCAACAUUCUCAAGAUCCUCAACAGUAACCUGGGCAUUGACGAGGCCUCCUGGAUGAAGAGGAUCGCUGUGUACGCCCAGCCGAUCAUCAGCAAAGCGAGGGCGGACCUGCUGAAGACUCAUUUCCUGCCCACGCUGGAGAAGCUGAAGAAGAAGACGGUCAAGGUGGUGGCGGAGGAGGAGCUUCUGAAGGCUGACAGCAAGGGCGACACCCAGGAGGCGGAGCUUCUGAUCCUUGACGAGUUUGCCGUGCUCUGCAGGGACCUCUACGCCUUUUACCCCAUGCUUAUCCGCUACGUGGACAACAACAGGUCUCGAUGGCUUAAGGAGCCAGACACAGACUCCAACGAACUGUUCAGAAUGGUGGCCGAGAUCUUCAUUCUUUGGUGCAAAUCCCACAACUUCAAGAGAGAGGAGCAGAACUUUGUGGUGCAGAACGAGAUCAACAACUUGUCUUUCCUGACGGGCGACAGCAAGACCAAAAUGUCCAAGUCCUUUCUACCAAAGACGGGAGGUCAGGACCAAGAGAGGAAACAUAAGAAACGAAGAGGAGAGUUUUACUCAGUUCAGACCUCCCUCAUUGUCGCUGCCCUCAAGAAAAUGCUUCCCAUUGGCCUGAACAUGUGCACGCCCGGCGACCAGGAGCUCAUCUCAUUGGCUAAGACCCGCUAUGCCAUGAAAGACACAGAUGAGGAGGUCAGAGACCAUUUGCGAAAGAACCUGCACCUGCAGGAGAAGUCGGAGGAUCCAGCGGUCAGGUGGCAGUUGAACCUUUAUAAGGAUGUGAGGGUGAAGAGUGAGGAUUCUCCAGACCCUGAGCGGACUGUCAGUCGUAUCCAGAGCAUCUCUGCUGCCGUCUUCCACCUGGAACAGGUGGAGCAGCCGCUGAGGUCUAAGAAGUGUGUGUGGCAGAAGCUGUUGUCCAAACAGCGUAAACGUGCAGUGGUGGCCUGUUUCCGAAUGGCUCCUCUUUACAACCUGCCCAGGCAUCGCUCUAUUAAUCUCUUCCUCAUGGGGUAUCAGAGAAUUUGGAUAGAAACAGAGACCUACUCGUUUGAGGAGAAACUAGUACAGGACCUGGCUAGGACGCAGGUGAAAGUGGAAGAGGAGGAAGAGGAGGAGAGAGUGAAGCAGCCUGAUCCUCUACAUCAACUUAUUCUUCAUUUCAGUCAUAAUGCGCUUACAGAGAGGAAUUCUCUGGAAGAGGAUCCUUUAUAUAUAGCAUAUGCAGACAUGAUGGCAAAGAGUUGUGCAGAAGAUGAAGAGGAAGAGGAAGAGGAAGACGGAAAAGAAAAGACAUUUGAGGAAAAAGAGAUGGAGAAACAGAAGACGCUUUAUCAGCAGGCCAGGUUACAUGACAGGGGAGCCGCAGAGAUGGUCCUGCAGAUGAUCAGUGCCAGUAAAGGUCGACUGGGUCCAAUGGUAACCUACACUCUCAAACUGGGCAUCUCCAUACUGAAUGGCGGUAACAUUGUGGUCCAGCAGAAAAUGUUGGACUACCUGAAGGAAAAGCGAGAUGCAGGCUUCUUCAAAAGCUUAUCAGGGCUCAUGCAGUCAUGCAGUGUUCUGGACCUGAAUGCGUUCGAGAGACAGAAUAAAGCAGAAGGUCUGGGUAUGGUGACAGAGGAAGGCUCCAGUUCCAAGGUUUUACAGAACGAUGAGUUUACUAAGGACCUCUUUAGGUUCCUGCAGCUUCUGUGUGAAGGUCAUAACAAUGACUUCCAGAACUUUCUAAGGACUCAGACAGGGAACACCACUACAGUAAACAUAAUCAUCAGUACUGUGGACUACCUCCUCCGCCUUCAGGAGUCCAUCAGCGAUUUCUACUGGUAUUACUCUGGGAAAGAUGUGAUGGAUGAAGCAGGUCAGAGAAACUUCUCCAAGGCUCUAGCUGUGGCCAAACAGAUCUUCAACUCUCUCACUGAAUACAUCCAGGGUCCAUGUGUUGGUAACCAGCAGAGCCUGGCUCACAGUAGAUUAUGGGAUGCAGUGGUGGGUUUCCUACACGUUUUUGCCAACAUGCAGAUGAAGUUAUCCCAGGACUCCAGCCAGAUUGAGUUGCUGAAGGAGCUGAUGGACCUGCAGAAGGACAUGAUCGUCAUGAUGCUCUCCCUUCUGGAAGGUAAUGUUGUGAAUGGAACAAUUGGAAAACAGAUGGUGGACACCCUGGUGGAAUCUUCCAGCAACGUGGAGAUGAUCCUCAAGUUCUUCGACAUGUUCCUCAAACUGAAAGACCUCACCACGUCUGACAGCUUCAAAGAAUACGACCCGGAAAGCAAAGGAGUCAUUUCCAAAAAAGAGUUCCAAAAGUCCAUGGAAAGCCAGAAGCAGUAUUCCCAGUCCGAGAUCGAAUUCCUGCUCUCUUGCGCUGAGGCAGAUGAGAACGAUAUGUUUAACUAUGAGGAGUUCGUGACACGCUUCCACGAGCCCGCCAAAGAUAUCGGCUUCAACGUGGCCGUGUUGCUUACCAACCUGUCGGAGCACAUGCCCCAUGACAGCCGCCUCGCCAGCUUCCUGGAUCUUGCUGAGAGUGUUCUCAACUACUUUGAACCGUAUCUGGGUCGAAUUGAGAUCAUGGGCGGGGCCAAGCGUAUCGAGAGAGUCUACUUUGAGAUCAGCGAGUCGAGCAGGACCCAGUGGGAAAAACCGCAGGUCAAAGAGUCCAAGCGGCAGUUCAUCUUCGACGUGGUUAACGAGGGAGGCGAGUCUGAGAAGAUGGAACUGUUCGUGAACUUCUGCGAGGACACCAUCUUUGAGAUGCAGCUGGCCUCGCUCAUUUCCGAGCCGGACGCCGUCGAACGGCCAGAGGAGGACGAGGAGGAUUCUCAAAGCGUAGCGGAGGAGCCCGAAGAGGAAGAGGAGGAGAAUGUUCUGGAAUCUUCCUCCGCUUUCACAAUGGGCUGCAUGUCCAUGAGGAAGAGCCUGUCGAACUUCCGGCAGUUGCUUACCUUCAGGAGCAUGAGGAAACAGUACAAGAAGCUCCGAAAGAUGAGCAUUAAGGAGAUGAUCCGAGGUUUCUUCUCCUUCUUCUGGAUGAUCUUUACCGGAAUGUUCCGGUUCCUCUAUAACUUCGUAUGGGGUUUCUUCCACAUCUUGUGGUCCACCCUGUUUGGCGGUGGCCUCGUAGAAGGCGCCAAGAACAUGAAGGUGACAGACAUCCUCGGCAACAUGCCCGAUCCCACGCAGUUUGGUAUCCACGGCGACGUUCUGGAGACGGAGAAACUGGAGUUGUGCGAGUCGUCCUUGGUGGCGGAGAUGGGGCAGAUCGCCGUGGGGGAUAAGGUGGAAGUGGACCUGAUGUCCGAGCUGUUGAAUAUCCAGCCUAAGAAAGAGGGGGGCAAGCAUGGCAUGGAGCCUGGGCUGGGAGACGUGUCCGAGGUCGUUGGCGUUGAUGCCCCCUCCCUCGCUAGUGCUGUCCGACAGAAAAAAGCACAGGAAGCUGCAAGUAAACAGGCUGCUGAGACCGAUCCAAAGUCAGAGUCAGAGAAAACCGAUGCAGAGGAUGGAGAGAAGAAAGACGAGGACAAAGGUAAAGAACGCUCCUCCGUGGAACCCCCAGCAGAGGAGGACAAGAAGCCCACCAAAAAGAGACCAGGGCUGAAGAAGGAAGCUCCCCAGGCCUUCAUGGUCAGUUUUUUCGCCGGUUUGGACAUCUAUCAGACCAAGAUGCUGAAUUAUCUGGCCAGAAAUUUUUACAACUUGCGCUUCCUGGCCCUAUUUGUGGCAUUUGCUAUUAAUUUCAUCUUGCUCUUCUAUAAGGUGACAGGUGAGGACUCAGAGGAAGUGGACCCUUGGACAGGAGGAGGGAGUGAUGAAGAUGAUGAGGAAGGCGGCAUGGAAUACUUUGUGCUUCAGGAGAGUACGGGCUACAUGGCGCCAACGUUGCGUUUCCUGGCCGUUCUGCACACCAUCAUAUCUUUCCUCUGUGUGCUGGGAUACUAUUACUUAAAGGUCCCCUUGGUAGUGUUUAAACGAGAGAAGGAAAUUGCCCGUAAGCUGGAGUUUGAUGGCCUCUACAUUACUGAACAGCCCUCUGACGAUGACAUAAAAGGCCAAUGGGACAGACUGGUCAUUAAUACACCUUCCUUCCCCAACAAUUACUGGGACAAGUUUGUGAAGCGCAAGGUGAUAAAUAAGUAUGGAGAUUUGUAUGGGGCGGAGCGUAUCGCCGAACUACUGGGUCUGGAUAAGAGCGCCCUGGACUUUAACCCCACAAAGGAGACCAUAGUCAAGGAGGCCUCGCUCGUGUCUUGGUUGAGCUCCAUUGACACGAAAUACCAUAUUUGGAAAAUGGGCGUGGUGUUCACAGACAAUUCUUUCCUUUACCUAGUGUGGUACACCACCAUGUCCAUCCUGGGUCAUUACAACAACUUCUUCUUCGCCGCCCACCUGCUGGACAUCGCCAUGGGCUUCAAGACCCUCAGAACCAUCCUUUCCUCCGUCACGCACAACGGCAAACAGUUGGUGUUGACUGUUGGACUGUUGGCUGUGGUGGUGUACCUGUACACCGUGGUGGCUUUCAAUUUCUUCCGAAAGUUCUACAACAAGAGUGAAGACGAAGAAGAGCCGGAUAUGAAGUGCGACGAUAUGAUGACAUGUUACCUGUUCCACAUGUACGUGGGCGUGCGUGCGGGCGGCGGCAUAGGAGACGAGAUCGAGGAUCCGGCGGGAGACCCGUACGAGCUCUACCGCAUCCUGUUCGACAUCACCUUCUUCUUCUUCGUCAUCGUCAUCCUGCUGGCCAUCAUUCAGGGUCUGAUCAUCGAUGCCUUUGGAGAACUGAGAGACCAACAGGAGCAGGUGAAAGAGGACAUGGAGACCAAAUGCUUCAUCUGUGGCAUUGGAAACGACUACUUUGACACGACUCCUCACGGCUUUGAGACACACACGUUACAAGAGCACAACUUGGCGAACUAUCUGUUCUUCCUGAUGUACCUGAUCAACAAAGAUGAGACAGAGCACACGGGUCAGGAGUCUUAUGUGUGGAAGAUGUAUCAGGAAAGAUGCUGGGAUUUCUUCCCAGCUGGAGACUGUUUUCGGAAGCAGUAUGAGGAUCAGCUCGGUUAA